GCAGCUCGAAAGGGUGGCGGCAUGGAGGAGCACUCGUUGGAGGCUCUCAUGCAGGCGAGCCUUAUCUUCGUGGUCGCCGUCGCUAUCAUCGUCUCGAAUCUUCUUAUCAUCAUCACCUACCUCAACUUCCGCGGUCCCUCCGAGGUGAUAAACUACUACUUGCUGUCACUCGCCUCGGCAGAUCUUCUUUGUGGUGUGUUAGUGGUUCCGCUCUCGGUGUAUCCAGCGUUGGUUCGAAGAUGGGUCUACGGAGACAUCGUGUGCCGACUCGUCGGUUACUUGGAAGUCACACUUUGGGCGGUAUCAGUAUAUACCUUCAUGUGGAUCUCCGUCGAUCGCUAUCUUGCUAUCAGGAAACCAUUGAGAUACGAGACAGUACAGACGAAAACCCGAUGUCAAUGUUGGAUGGUCUUCACGUGGAUCAGCGUGGCGAUGAUGUGCUGCCCGCCCUUGCUCGGUUUCAACAAGCCGAUCUUCGACCGCGAGGCCUUCAUCUGUAUGCUCGACUGGGGCAACAUGGCCGCAUAUACCAUCACCCUGUCCAUCCUCGUGUUGGGACCGUCAGUCAUCACCAUCGUCUACACGUACUCCUACAUAUUCUCCACGAUGAGGCGACUAAAGUCCGGCGCUCUAGUCCACGACAAGGAGUACGCUACCGCGUUAUCCGAAAAUCUGAGCAACCCGAGUCAUAUUAUGUCCUUCGUCCUAGUGAUGACUUUCUGGAUAUCAUGGGCACCAUUUGCCGGGUUAAGGAUAUACGCGGUCGUUAAUGGACCUCCUCAGGUGCCGUUUUUAAACUUUGCCGUGGUGUGGCUGGGAGUCACAAACAGCUUUUGGAAAGCGGUUGUGCUCAGUACACUAAGCCCCCAGUUCCGGUUGGCCGUGCGAGUGCUCUGUCUCACCAUAUGCUGUCGGCACAGGCGACUUCCGCCGGAACUCCUCGGCCUCGACGACGACGACUAACGUCACAUCGAUCACUCGCGUCUACGAGCAGCAACGGUUCUGUUGCGUUCUGUUCUGUUUGCGACGCAUUCUUAAGAAGUCGCUUUCACCUUUCUUCAAGGAUCGUCCUCGCAUCUUGGCACCACUCGCAAGAUGGUUCCUUAAAACUUCGCGCUCUAAAUGAAAGGAAUGAAUAAAAGUCGCGAAUAAAGAACUCAUUAUGUAUCGGUACUGGCUUUUAAUUUAAUUAAAAUAAAUAAUAAAUAGAAAUAAAAAAUACAUUUAAUGAAAAUUAAUAACAUGAAUAUUAU